ACGAACUCUCGUGGUCGCCGGCGAAAUCCGACGCAUCUUCCCCUACCAACGUUCUCUGAGGAAUCAGCGAAAUUCUCUGAAAACCAUUAUUUUCUGUGAGAUGGAUUGAUUCAGAGAAGAAGUGGAGGAAGCCGGAGGAGACUGAUUCAAAUCCUCGUCUUCUUCAGAGAAACACUAUUUUCAUCACUGUUAAUGGGUGGAUGGAGAGCAGCUUCUGCUCUUCUUCUCGUCAAUCGAAUAGUCAACUCUUCUAAGACUCUUGAAUCGAUUCACCCUUGUUCACGCGUAGGGCAACUCUGGGCGAGUAGUUUCCAUCGAAACCCAGAUUCUCGUUCGCCGAAUUUCAGGCCCUUUUCGGCGUUCCCUUCUCAGAUUUCGAUUUACAACAAUGAUUCUGAUUCCGGGUCGAGCGAUUUAUACCAGGGCUAUGAAUUCGGAGAAAACGAAGAAGAACAAGCCGGGAAAAUCCCUGUCAAAGCCUAUUUCCUCAGUACCAGUAUCGAUUUGAAGGGAAUUCAAGCCGACAACCUCGGCACUUUUGUUCCUCCUACUUCACGAUCUACGAACUCUAUUGCCCUCAAGUUUUUCGAUUUUCCUUCCCAAAUCCCUACUCUUGGAUCGAGGGAGAAUAUGGGCAACUGCCGAUUCAUGGUUGUCUUUCAAUACGGAUCUGCUGUUCUUUUCAACAUUGAAGAACAUGAAGUAGAACCUUAUCUCGACAUUGUUCGGAGACAUGCUUCUGGUCUGCUUCCGGAGAUGAAAAGAGAUGAUUAUGCUGUGAAGGAGAAGCCUACGUUGGUCGGGGAAAUGAAAGGUGGCCCCGACUGUAUCAUUCUCAAAGCAUUAGAUACCGACAGUGUCCGUAUAAUCGGGAGUGUGCUCGGGCAAAGCAUUGCAUUGGAUUACUUUGUUUCACAGGUCGACGGUUUGGUGGAAGAGUUUGCGGGUAUAAACCGCGCGAUGGAGAAGACGGGCACUUUCACAAUGGACAGGAAAAAGCUCCUCCAACUCGUCGGGAAGGCCAACUCCAAUCUAGCCGAUGUGAUUCUCAAAGUUGGUCUUUUCGAAAGAUCUGAGAUUGCUUGGAGAGAGGCAAAAUAUGCUCAGAUAUAUGAGUACCUAAGAGAAGAGUAUGAGGUCACUCAGCGUUUUGGGAAUCUGGACUUCAAAUUAAAAUUUGUGGAGCACAACAUUCAUUUCCUCCAAGAGGUGAUGCAGAACAGAAGAUCAGAUCUUUUGGAAUGGUGCAUCAUCUUCCUACUGACAUUAGAAAACAUUAUUUCAAUUUAUGAAAUCAUCCGGGAAUCGACCGGGGUUUCAAUGUAACACCAGAACCGAUUUUUGUUACAUCAUCAUAAAGAAUAUUAUAUCAAUCUAAAGCAUUUUUUUUUUAA